AUGAACUGGUACCUGCCACUCUCGGCAAGCCGGGUGCCGAGUUGCGAGCAAAGCGCCGUCAUACUGUCGACGAGGUAUCAACAAAUCCCACGAAAUGCAGCAACUAUAUACAAUUUAUUCGUAUUGCUUUUCGACGACGAACGAGUCCUCCCAGCACCACGCCCCCUCCAGGCUCGCCCCAUAACAAUACACACCCACCCUGCUUCUGGUGGACCUUCAAUAACGGCGAUCAUGAUUGCCAUCCUGAGCAGCUCGGCCUUGAUGGCAAUCGCCCGGGUCGCACUCGGUCUCUUGGGUGUUGUUGUGCUCGCUCUCGCCGUCAUCUCUUACCGCUAUUAUGCCUUCCGCCGACGCCUACCACCAGGCCCCGCCGGCCUUCCGCUUGUUGGUAACCUUUUCGAGAUGCCCAAAAGCCACCCGUGGCUCACUCACACUGAAUUGCACAAGAGAUACGGCCCCAUCUUCAGCAUGCAGUACGGCCUGAGUACCGUCAUCUACCUCGGCACCCAGGAGGCUGCCCGUGAUCUUCUCGAGAAGCGCAGCAAUAUCUACAGCUCGCGUCCCCGCUUCACCAUGGUCGGCGAGUGCAUCAGCCAGGGCAAUCGGUCCCUCAUUCUGCCAUAUGGCGAGCAAUGGCGUGGCUACCACCGUCUGCAGGGCUCUUUUCUGAGUCCGCGUAUGUCCAACACCUACCGAGAGCUGCAGGAUCUUGAGAGCAAGCAGCUCGUCUCCGAGUUUCUCACCAAGGAUGACUUCUUCAAGCGCUUCCACCGCUACUCCUCUAGCUUGACCUUUGCGCUCGCGUACGGCAAGCGCAUGCCCACCGGCCAGGAGGAAGAGGUCAAGGGUGUGGAGAAGAUCAUGGACAACCUGAACAAAGCCUUCAUUACCAACUGGAUUGUCGACUCGCUGCCCUUCCUGAACCAUCUGCCGAGCUUCAUGAAACCGUGGAAGAAGAUCGCCGACUUCCUUGGCGACGAGGAGCGCGACUUCUUCUACAAGAUCCGUGACGGCGCCGCUCAGCGUCGGGGCUACAACUGGUGCAAGGACAUCCUCACCAUGAAGGAGCACAAGGCCCUUACCGACACCCAGCUGUCGUACGUCAUCGGCAACACCUACGAGGCCGGUGCCGACACCACCACCAUGACGCUCCAAGUCUUUACUCUCGCCGCUGUGCUGCACCAGGACAAGGUCAAGAUUCUCCAGGAGGAGAUCGACCGUGUCGUCGGCCGUGACCGUCUCCCAACCUUCGAGGAUACCGAGAAGAUGCCCUAUCUGGCCGCGUUCGUCAAGGAGAUCCACCGCUGGCGCCCAGUGCUCCCUGGUGGUGUGCCUCACGCCGUCACGGCUGAUGAUGAGUACAUGGGCUACCACAUUCCCAAAGGCGCGACGAUCGUUGGUGGCCACUGGGCCAUCUCCAUGGACGAGGGGCUGUACCCCAACGCCGACAACUUCGAGCCAGAGCGUUUCCUCAAAAAUCCCGACCUUCCCUACUCUCAAUUCGGUUUCGGGCGUCGCAAGUGCAUUGGCCAACAUAUUGGCAACAACUCGAUGAUGAUCAACGUGGCGCGCAUGCUCUGGGCCUACGACAUCAAGAAGGGUUGGGAGAUCGUUGAUGGCAAGAAGGUCGAAGCGCACGUCGGCCGCUUGGACUUCUACUCCGGCUUCAACUCGCCCCCGCUUCCAUUCAAGGCCGCUUUCAUCCCCCGAAGCGAGAAGGUGCCGGAGAUAAUUCGAAGAGAGUUCGCCGAGACGGAGAAGAGCACCGAGAUCAUCCUUGAGCGCAUCGAGCAGGCUCAGCAGAUCCUCAAGGGGGGUGAGCCGACCGUGGUCGCGGUCUAG